AUGGCUUUUUCGCGGUUGUCCAUCGACCCGCGUCGCAACACUGUGGCUGCCAUUAAUCACAAUGCAGCUUCAGCCCCGCCCGGUUUGUUCGCCCGCUGCAUCAACAACAACGCACCUAUCAUGGGUAACAAUGUUCGCCCAAUUUUCGGCUCGGCCCCAGCUGCCUCCACGAACAACUUGAACCAUAUGGCCAAUGGCUCCAUCACCGCCGAGCAAGCCUUGCCUUCGCUAGAUACAGGUGGUGGCAACCGUUCCGUAACCAUCAGGUUCGGCCCAUCCGACCGCCGUGACCGAACCCUCAUGCCGGCGUCGAUGACUUCCAAGCUUCCUAAGUCGGUUUUGGCUACCAUCAUGAAGUCCAGUAGCAAGACGCAGACGGACUUGGGCGACGGCGCUAUCUUACUCGAAUUCACAGCCUCGAAAUGGUGUAAGAACCUCACCAGGCUUCGCCAGUUUCUUCAGACAGGCGAAUACGCCCCGUGGGAUGGUGGAGCCGAACUAGAAAUCGUUGAUCCAGUCGGCAAUAAGGCUAUCUGGGAAUCAUGGAUGUCGGCUGCGUCGGACAUCCACGAUGCCAAGACGACAGAGACGACCCACAGGCUCUUCCUAGAGGAGCUGAUGCUCUACAACUGGGCAGCUUGGGUGGGUUUCACUCAGCUGCAAGAGCACUCGUUUCGCAAACUACAGAACAACUUCCCCAUCCUGGCUGACGAGGCUCUUGCCUUGGUCGAUUUCUGCUGCCCUGAGACUAACGGUAUUCAAACUACCGAGGAGAUGAAGACUUUCGCUCGGGAUGUUAUCGCAAGGAACAAAAAGACGAUGGUACUGCUUGACAACUUCAGAGAAGUAUUCCAGAAGGCAAUCAAGGACAACUUCCCUGCGACACUUCUCGAAGAAGCCCAGCAUGACCUCGUGACGUACCUUAGGGAUGUCCAAACCAUGACAGAAACCACGCCUUCCUCGACCGGACACUUCUUGCUUCAACCCAAAACCCUAGAACUUUACAUCAACAGCGGUGCCCUUUGUAAGGCCGCAAGGGAUGGAUACGGCACGCUUCUUCCGUCAAAGCCGGACCACCUGGGCAGACCAACACGUAAUAAGGACUUCCACUUCGUCAAAGAUGAGCUACUCAUCCUUAGGUCUGAGUGUCGCACAUUCAACCCGCCACAGAAUGUCGUAGUAGAGAACUUGCAAGGACAGCGCGGCGAUAUGCUCAAGGAACUUCUCGCCCCGUUGGAUCUGAAUCUUCCCCCUAGACUGGCAGACCGGUUCGAUAUGGGUGUUGUCUCCCUUCCUGACCUGAAACUUGCACAACAAGUCCCGAUCCCGACCGGACCGAAGGUCAAGACCGAGCACCCAGCUAGUAGCAGCGGCAGCCGUGGUCGCAACCACUCGAGAGAGAGAAAAAAGCGUAAGUACCAUAGCCGCAGCCGCAGCCGCAGUCGCGGCCGCAGCUCCAACCGCGAUCGCCGUCAUCCGGAGCGCUGGUCUGACCCAUACGGACGCCGUUAA